AUGCAGGAGAAAGCACACUACCACAGCCACAGGCAGGUGCCAGAGAAAUCAGCACGCCUCCAGACUAAUGCCUGUGCCACCACGGCCAGGUGGGCCCCCCAGUACUCUGGGGGAGAUCUGCAUAAUGUAGAAGUGGCUAAGAAGUAUAUUGAAUAUCACCUGGGAAAAUACGGUUUCCUGGCUAGGGUGGCUUUUAUUCCUGGCUACAUGGAAAAGUUGGGAGAGUCUGGAGCCAAAAAUGAGAGUUAGGAUGUUAUUCUAACCUUGUUUGGACUAAUGCUGUUUCAGCCUGAUGUGGAGCUAUAUUUCAGUGACGUCUCUGCUAGCCUUGAAUUGCCAGAUACGAUCAGAACAUGCAAAGUUUUAUGGGGUCUUCAGUCCCCUAUCAAUCCUGCCCCCAAAAUUGGGUUCAGCCCUCCACAUUUGGUCACUGCCAGUUCUGUUACAAUUCACAAUAAGGAACUAGACCACGUGGAAGUUCUGUUUUUAGGUGCCUGUCAUUGUAUUUCUGCAACAUUGUGCCUCUUCAGACUCCUUAAGACAGGACCAGGUAGGAGAUGCUGAGUAAUUUAUAAUGGAGGACUCACAGGACAUGAAAAAUAACUAAUAUUUGAUGCAAACUUUACAUUUAAGGAUCCAACCCUCAACUUCGGUGUAGGGAGAUGA